GAGGGACAAAAGUAUUUCCCAUAUUCGUGACGUCGCCCCGCGAAUCCGCAAUUACUGAAUGAAAUUUGUUCGCUAGAUCCUCUUACAUCAUUGCUGUUCGUGCAUUCGUUUAGCUCGAACCGGUUUGGAAACGAGUUUUCAGUAACCGACAAAACGCACCGAAGUAAAGAAGGACUGCGUCGCUUGAUCAGAACGACAUAGCAUUCGUGCUCUUGGAACGGUUUCCCGAAAUUCCAUGCAGCAAGCACAGUCGGGGAAAUAAAUCAACUGACUAAAUGUUGAUAUUUGAUAGCGCUCAAAGUGCAAAUCAUCAUCUUUCAAAUUCCUAGGAGGAAAUGCGAGCCGAAAAGUCCUGAGCAUCAGUGAAGUUUGCAUCACCCACGCUUGGCUAAGGAAAAAAAUAAUUGGCGUCCUUGAGAUCGGCAUCGUGAGAAAGCUCUCCGGAACCUCGAGUCGGGAAACAAAUUGGCUAAUUGAUAAGUCUCAACGGAUGUGAGACCGAGCAACGAAGGCGUCACUCGCUGCUAAACUUGGAAGCCAGAAGCAUCUCGCCAAAAUGAUUCACGUCGAUCGAGUAGUAAAAAUUACAGUAUUCUACAUUAUAUUCUAUCUACUGCUAGCAGGUUUUUGGAGUGUUAUGCUCUUAGUUUUUUAUCAAACGUUGGAUUAUUACACACCUAAAUGGCAGUUGGAUAGUAGUCGUAUCGGCUCAAACCCAGGGCUAGGAUUUCGUCCAUUACCUCCACCUGAUAAUGUGGACAGCACAUUAAUUUGGUUCACUCAUGGAAGUUCUCAAGAAUGGGAGCAUUGGACUGCCUCUUUAGAAAAAUAUCUAGAACCUUACAAAGGCGGCCGUCAAUUUGGAGAACAUGUGCAGAACUGCAAAAUAGAUGAUCACUUUGAAGGAAACCGUGUCUGUCAAUUUGAUUUGGAAAGUUUAGGUAAUGAUUGUACAUAUGCAAACAAUUUUGGAUAUGAUCUUGGCACACCUUGUGUACUUCUAAAGAUAAAUAGGAUAUAUGGUUGGAAACCUGUACCAUACUCGAAUGAUUCAUUCCCACCAACAAUGCCUGAUCAUAUAAGGCAAAGAUAUGAUCCCAACUAUGUAUAUAUAUCAUGUGCAGGAGAAAAUCCUGCUGAUAAGGAGAACAUUGGUCCAAUUCGCUACAUUCCUGAGGAUGGAAAAAUUGCAAAGUACUAUUUCCCUUUCACCAAUCUGGACGGUUAUCUCUCCCCAUUUGUGUUUGUUAAGUUUAUGAAGCCAAUCACAGGCGUCCUCAUCAACAUAGAAUGCAAAGCAUGGGCGGCUAAUAUAAGACAUGACCGAACUGAUCGCCUGGGCAGUGUCCACUUUGAAUUGAUGGUUGAUUGAUCUCUUUUAAUUUAUUUUUGCUUCCACUCAUCUCACACUCUAGAUGAAAAAAAAAAAAAAAAAACUUUAUUUUAGAAACCCAGGAUUAAAACUAUUGAAUUUUCACGAUUUUAGAAAGGAAAGGCUGCCUCUAUAUAAGAAUAAAUAAAUAAAUAUAUAUAUAUAUACAUACACACCACUUGAAUAUAAAAAAUAUAGAUUUCAUAGCUAAAUUAUUAAAUCUUGUGCCUAGCUGAAGUGACGUGGGUCACAUCUGUUGUAUGUAUUAAAGCUUAGAAAUUUCCUGCCAUAGUAUUGAGUGGGGAGACAAUCCUCAGAAACCUGUUUUCUCUUCUCUUUAUUCUACUUUCCUGUUAGACUAAGCCACUGUAAAUGUAUUUUUGGGACUUUUACACUGGUUAGGUAGCUGCUUUCUAUAAAGAGGAAAACAUCAGUUUCUAUAGCAACUGAAAUGUAAAUAUUGUUUUUGUUACUCUGUGGGUUUUCUUCCUUUUCCCAUUUCACUAAUCAUUGUUAUCAUGUGUAAGUAUCCUUGGGAUUUUGUUUUGUGUGUGAAUAUACCUGUCAUUUGGAAAUAUAUAUAUAUAUAUAUAUAUAUAUAUAAACUAGGUUUACUUUAGUUUUUGUUUAACUGCAUUGGUAUUUCUUGUAAUGUGGAAUUUAUGCUUGAUACAAAACCCUUUAAUAAAUGAUCUCUUAAAACAGACAUAUUAUUCUUGAGGUUAAAGCCAUAACAUUUUUCAUAUGUUCUAUUUUAUUGAUUUUAUUUUAUGGGAACAUAUAUUCUGACAAUUUUGUUUCUUGUAUUUCAUAUUAAUAUUUAGUUUUUUUUUUUCUUUACCAAGUAAAUUAUGUAAAAUUAAAAUAGAGCUUAAUGGUUCCUAAUUUUAAUUUUUCUAUCCCUCCCCUCUAUUCUGUUACUAAAUUAUUUAAAGAAAUGUAGAGCUUAAUGAUUUGAAUUUAGUGGUUUUAAUUAUCUUUAUUGCCUUUUAAACUCUGACUAGUUGUUUGGACCAUAAUUUUGCAAUUGUUUACUGAAAACUAAUGUGCGUUUCAUUCAUAAAUUAAAAUUCAUUUAGAAGUAUUGAAUUGUUUUUAGUUCUCCAAUAACUUUUUAUCUAAUUACAUAAGAAAAUUUUCCUAUAAAGAAUCCAUUUUAAUGGUUUUUAUAAAUGUCAAAUGGCAGGUAUAGGAAUUUCUCUCUCUCUUUCUCUCUAUUUUUAGAAUUUCAUUUUAAUUCUUCCACUUAGUCUAUUACACAACACUUCUAACACUAUUUUAUUUGUGGCACAAAACUAAAACUAUUUUAUGUAUAGUUAUUAGUGACCCUUUCAUUUGAAUCAUAGAAACCAAAGUAUAGGCAUUGAAUAAAAGAGGCACUGAAGCAGCGAUAUACGCAAAUUAGUCAGAUGCUGCUGUGUCUUUCAUCACACUGCCCAUCAGCAGCACAUUUGUUUCUGCCGAUGUCUCAAUUUUUCCAGAGUUUUUUGCUAUUAUUUCGGGAGUUUAGAAGAGUACAAUGCAGUAUGUAACUUAGCAUUUCUCAGACUGGAUCUGUACUGUAUUUUAAAAUAUAUAUUUCUUAUUUAUUAUCCUUGGCCACUUUCAUCAUCUGUUAUUCAAAUAUUUUAAGAAUUUUUUGACAUUCACAUUUCUGUCUCUAGUAUGCUUGAACUCAUUUGUUAAAAUAUUUCAAGGAAAUAAUGUUGUGCUGUUGUCAAAUGGUUGUUAAUUAAAUAGUUAUGAAAAAGUAUUAUAUGUCAGAAUUAAUGGGAUUUUCAUUCUUUAUUAAUAUUUAAAUUAUAUACUGAAUGGAUGUGACAAAAUAAAACUAAACAAGAUACUACUGAUACUUUUUUCUUAUAUUUUUCAAAGCAACAUUGAAAAUCAUUAUAAAAGUCACAUUUUUUUUAAAAUUAACUUUUGAAUAUCAUUAUGAUCAUUUUAACAUUCUGUUAAACCAGAGACAGUUACCUUGCCAUAUUUUUUAAAUAAAUGUGAAAUAAAAAAGUUUUUUUUAAGUGAACUAAUUUUUGCUAUAGGUAUAUUUACUUAAACUCCUUAUUAGAAUUUAAUUAAUGACAAGCUGUUAUUUUAUAUUUACUUCAUCGCAAUGCAAUAAUGGAUAACAUUCUUCAGAUGGUCUUGAGAAAUGCUAAUUUUAUGAAAUUAUUUGUUUUAAGUCUAUAAUUUUCUCCUGUAGAAUAUUAGACUGUUCUAGUGAAUGUAAACUAUUUCUUGAAAAUCAAGUUAAAUUUCCUCAUGAGUGUGGAAAAUUAUUUAUAAGAUGUUACAAGAAAUAUGUUAUUGUGUGUGUGCCUUUUAAAAGAUGGCUAGUAUUAAUGGAGAGUAUGAUAUUUUACUAUAAUCUUAUUAAAUAUAAAUGUUGAGAUAGGCUCUGGCUUGAAUUUGGAAUGGGAUUUUUUUUAUUUCUAAUUAUAUUUUAUAGUAAUGUAGAUGAUAAAUCGAUGCUAUUUAAUGAUCACGAUAAAAAGAUUUUAGUCACUUUAUUAUAUUUUUUAUCUGAGUUUUAUGAUGUUUAUUAUAAUCAUUUAUUGUUGUUGGAAAAUUUUUACUUUUUUCUCUUUUCAUUUUAUGUUUUAUCAAUUAUUUUUUAUGGUAUUAUGUGGCAUCAUUAUUCUAGCACUUAUUUCUCAUUUUUUUUUUCUUUGUAGUAGCUCAAAAAUUGUGAUAUUUGCUUUACAUUCCAAUCAUAAAUGAAUGUGCAAUUCGCAUAUUCAGAUCAUUUAUUUUUUAUUUGUUCAAAAUUUUGUGAACAAUUAUCCUGAUGCAUUUUAUCUGUUUUAAAUAUAUGUUAUAAAAUAUUUGCUUUAGGAUUUUUGUGUUGGUAAAAAAUGUUAAGUUACGGAAAUAUUUUAUUGUUCAUAUUUUUUCUGUUUUGUCAUCAUUGUUUGUCUGCAAGAAUCUCAUAUGUAACAAAUAUGAUUAUACUAUUAAUUUUUUAUUUUAUUGGACCAAUUAUAAUAGUUUAUUGUAUUUGAAAUAAGAUGAUGCAUUUGUAUACUUUUUUCUUUCAAACUUUGACAUUUGGGUUUAGAAUGUUGGUUAAAAAGUUUAUUUAUAUAAAAAAAAUAUAUCAUGAAGUCUAAGUACAGUAUUUUGCUUGUAUUAAAAAUACUAAAUAAAUUCAAAAUAGUUUCAUUCAAUGUGUAAAAAGCCUGAAUUCUCCUUCCUAACUUACUUAUUUAUUUAUUUGUAAUACUUAAAAUAUUUUACCUAAUUGUCCAAAUUUUUUUGUGGUUUUAGGAAAGUAAAUGGUGUAUUGGUUUGCAUUUGCAUUUUUUAUUCAAUUAAUUUAUAAUUUAAUUUUUUCUUUUUAUUAAUUGGUUGUACUUAUUAUUUUGUAUUUGAUUAAUCAUUUUAUGAUGUUAAAAAACAAUAAGAAUAAAUAUUUUUUCAUAUUAUUUCUUGGGAUUUAUCUAAAAAAAAAAGAUUCUGGAUCCUCACUGUAGGAAUGAUUUUUGUUUCUGAAGUUUAUAAUAUUUCCUUCUUUUUGAUGAUCUGACCACUUAUGGGUCUCUCUGUAUGUAAUGUUAAGUUUUAUCAGGAUAAAUAGUUGUAUUUGAUGCAAUCGCAAUACUGUCCUUGAUUUUUUUAAUUUCAAGGGAUUUUUGAUAGUUUAUAUUUUUAUAAUAUUUAUUUAUUUUACUUUUUUUAAAUCCUUGUAUUUAUUUAUUGCAUGUUACUUCAAAUUUAUUACAAACUAAUCUUAUUGCAGCUGAUUUGUCAAAAACUUAAUGAAUUCAUUUCUGCGAGGCUUUUUUAAUUCUUUAAAAACAUCAUUAACUUCAAAAUCUGUUAUAGAUAUUAAUAUGCUAGUUCUUAAAAUGCUGAGAUGGAAAACAGCGUAAAAAUUUUCAUGUUUGAAAUGUUUUCUUCCUCUCAGUAGAUAAUUAAGUUUAUGAAAGUUUUAUUAGCGUAAGAUAAAUAUAUUUAACAAUAUUCAUUUAAAGGGCUAUAAUUUUUAAAUAUUUUGCUAACUUAGCAGACUAAUUUAGACAUUUAUUCAUAGGCAUAAAUUAGGCUUAUUAUCAAUUUUUGCAUCUCUUUCUUUUCUGCUCUAGAAUUAUCAUAUUAGCUUUUUUUGUCAUUUUUAAUUGCUUUAUGAUGUUCUAAAAUUCUUCCAGUUAACAUUAAUUGUUGCUGAAGUGUAUAGAUUUGAUUUGAUAGUCUGUUAGCUAGAUAUGAAAGCUAUGUAGAUUAUAUCAACAAAUCAUUUUCUACUUUUUGAGAUUCCAAGAAUGCUUAUUUCAAGCAAGCAGUUUUUUUUUAAUAAUUAAAUUUUCAAAAUAGUAGAAAGAAAAAUAGGGAAAAUCGUUUAUAUUUUGCUUCUGCUGUUUCAGCAAUUGUUACAGUUGAUACAUAGAUUUAAUAGCAGUUAUGUUCCAACUUCUUGUGUGUGAAUCUUGGAAAUGAUAAGAGUUUAAAUAAAAACAAUAUAUAUAUAUAUAUAAGCUUAAGUGUACUUUUAUGUAGCAGAGAAAAAUAUUUCAAAUAUAAAACUACUGCCAUAUUGUUACAGUGUAUUUAUGAGUCUUAGGUAAUUUUUUUAUUAUUAUUUUGCUUUGGUUUAUGGUGAUAUCAUUUUUAUUUCCCAUUCUUUCUCUUCAUGUUUAAUCAUUCCAUUUGUAAUAAAUAAAACAUUUUGUGAUAAUUUUUUUAAUUGUUUCUUGGGACUUUUGUACGAUUUUAUGUAUAUUGACAAAGCAUUUUCAUAUCACCUGAAAUUCCUGGUGGUAAGAGGGUAGCUUUAGCCUUUUAUUGUAGAGCCAACUGCUGAAUUGUUUAUUUAUGUGUUCCAUUGUACAAAAGAGAAUUUAGUUAAUAAAUGCUGUAAUGUGGC